GUGAGUCGGACCUUUCCCACCUCCAUUGAACAGAGAAGCAGAGAUUCCUCCUCAUCCUUUGGCUACAGAACGUGUUUAGUCUGCUCAGUGCGAUUUCUAUCAGCUCCUCAUUAAUGGGAGGUCCAUGAGGUUCAAUCUCACAUGGGUCUCCUGGAAACAUCUGACAAGCAGUCUAUACACCUGGUAGAGAAUGAAAUCCAAGCGAGGAUCGACCAAAUCUUCAGCAACCUGGAGCGCCUGGAAAUACUGUGCAGUAAGGAGCCCCCAAGCAAGCGACAGAAUGCCAAGCUACGAGUCGAUCAGCUGAAAUACGACGUGCAGCAUCUACAGACUGCGCUGAGAAACUUCCAGCAUCGUCGCUAUGUCAGAGAUCAGCAGGAUCGGGAGCGAGAGGAGCUGCUCACCCGCAGUUACACCACCAAUGAUUCAGAGACCACCAUACACAUGGAUGAGACCCUUCAGUUUAAUUCCUCCAUCCGUAAUGCUCACCAAGGCAUAGAUGAUCUACUGGGGAGCGGGAGCUCUGUACUGGAAGGGCUGAGGGACCAAAGGAAGACUUUAAAGGGGACCCAUAAGAAAAUCCUUGAUGUGGCCAACAUGCUGGGGCUCUCUAACACAGUCAUGCGCUUGAUCGAGAAGAGAGCUUUCCAAGACAAGGCGAUUAUGAUUGGUGGGAUGCUGCUGACCUGCGUCUUCAUGAUCCUCGUGAUCAAGUACCUGACAUGAAAGCGAUGACUUUCUUACAAAUACUGUCCCGGUUCCUCUCUCUUUCCGCUGCCACCCAUUCAGCUGUGAAGAACUAAUACUGCCACGGCAGCUGCAGAGGGUUUGGAGGGCCACAAGGAGUUAAAAAAAAAAAAAGUAAGACUUCUGCAAUGAACAUUAACUGAGUCACCAACUGUUCCUCGUUGUAUCUAACUGCCAGCUCCCAGUGCCCACAACUCAUUAAAAUCCAUGUGCGUUGAAGCACAGUGACUGCCGCUAAGUGGACGGGUCAUGUUUUGGUGCAGAGGGGUGGGAUGGAGUUAAAGGAACAGUUCAGUGUAAAAAUAAAACUGGGUAAAAAGAUAGGCUGUGCAAAAUAAAAAAAA